AAGAAUUCCAACAGGCGUAAUUUUCAGCUUUGGUCAAGGGGUUUAUGCUGCUUCAAAUUCGUAAAGACACCACGAGCGAAUGCUUACGUUUGUGCGUUUGGAUCAGCAGUAGGAAUACCGUGUUUGUUUUUGGGUAUUCAUCUUAUACUAGUCAAUAUGACUUUAGCAUGGGUUUUCAUAUUCUUUACGAUCAUAGCCAUUUGCUUGAAUUGGUCAAUAAAUGUGGAAAUUCUUUUGGAUGUUGUAACACCACAGAGGCGGAGUGUUGCAAAUUCUUGGGAAAUUCUUAUAUCACAUUUACUCGGUGAUGCAUCCGGACCGUACAUUGUUGGAUUGGUCUCAGAUUCGAUUCGAGGGACGAACUCGUCUCCAGCCAGUCAUUUCGGUGCACUCGUUAAAGCGUUCUAUAUUCCAAACGUGAUUUUGGUAAUCAGCGCAGUGCUUUAUAUUGUUGCUGCCGCAUAUUUCGUUAGUGACCAUGAACGGUUCAAAAAAGAAAUGGGCUUUGUCGAUCGAACAGGAUCAACUACGUCUAAUGACAAUGAACUUCAAGUGAGGACAGCUAAUGGCAAGGAUAAUCAAGCGUUUGCAUGA